ACGUCGGAUGAUUUUGAUUACACAAUAUCGGAUGAGCUAAAAAAUGAUAUCGAUGAAUUAUUCGAUGAAAUUUUGAACAAUGAACUACGACCAGCGAUAUCGAACAUAUUGAAUACCAUCCAGCAAUUUUACGUGGAAAAAAUAACAAAUAUUCCAAACGUUGAGGCAUUGAACGAGACAGUAUCAACGGCAGUCGAUUUAUUAACCCACAUCAAAACAUACGACUUGAAAGCGUUCGUGUAUGGUUUAUUGAAUGCAAUUGAUGUUCUGAGAAUUAGUGUAUCGUCGGAGCUAUUGAAUAAUGCCAGAAAUAAUAUCAAAUAUAUAGAUUUUCUAACAAAAGCUAACAAAAAAACAUUCGUCAUUUCGCCAUUGCAAAAUGUUGAAGAAAUAGCUAAUGUUUUACGCCGUAUUAAUUCGGAAUAUGGGUCACACAUUGAUCAAAUGAUCGAUAAUCUUCUGGAAAAUGAUUUCCUAAUUGAUGUUGAAAGGAUUUGCGAAGAUAUUGAACAAUUUCGUAAUCAAAGGAAUAUUAUUGAUUUAGAUGUUUUACACGAUAGAUUCUUGUUAGCCCAUGGAGUGUUAAGCACCAUCAACACCACCGAUCAGCGACAGUGCUUGUUUGAUUUGAUUUCAUUCGUGAAUCAAUUGGAAAUUGGAGUAUCUCCAAACAAUUUAAACGAUACCAUGACACAUAUUCAAACAUUCGAUUUUUUGUUGAAAAUUCGAAACGAAACCAUACAAACUGUGCCAGAAAAUAGUAUAAAGAGAAUUGGGAAAAUGAAGGAAAGCCUUUCCAGCGCACAAAAAUGGUAUAAUUUUUUGAUAAAAUUCCAUAAUGAAUUAUUCCGAACAACAUUGCCAAAGGAUGAUUUAUCAAAAAUGCAAGCGCAAUGUCGGAUCGAAGAAAAUGAUGUAAAAAAUAUUGACGAUACAGAUUUGGAACAAGUUCUCACACCAAUAAAUAGUUAUUUAUAUUCCGAAAUUAGAGGAUUGGGAUUAAAUUCAAAUGAACUAAACGCAUUGAAACGAUUACUCAAUAUUUCUGGUGAAACGCCAGAUAUGAAAUGUUCGCCAAAUGGUGAAUUUAUUGUUCGAGGAUAUAUGGUACGAGCUAGUGAUGUUGUCGACCAUUCGUGUUGGUCGAAUGCAAAAACGAUUGAUAUAUUUGCUUUAAGCGCAAUCAUCUUCGAUGCGGAUAUUAAUAAAAUGGGGGAACAAGUUAAACUUUCCAUCAUAUCACCAGUAUGGCAAAUUUUGCGCGAGCAUAAAAUUAUCUUGGAUGGAAAACCAGGAGAAAAUAUGACUGAUGCUCAAAGUGGUGAUCAAAAUAAUAGACCUGGAAAUGGAGAACACGGUAAAGCUGGUAAUAAUGGCACACCGGGCGGCCAUUUUCUUGGCAUUGGCGAUGAAUUCAACAAUGGACACUUGUUGUCCGUUCAUUCAAAUGGGGCCGACGGUGGAGCUGGACAAAAUGGUGGCAAUGGUACAGAUGGAGUAAAUGGCUCUGAUCCACCUCCAUGGCAAGGUUGUCAUUCCCUUUUUACAUCCUUCUCAACAUGCGAAGAAGAACAGUGGACUGACAAAGGUUUCAAAUUUACAAGAAAAGACCAUCCCGGUGGUCUUUAUGGUUUCUUUAAGAAAAGUGAGGUGAAAGGAAAAACUGGUACACAACCUGGAAAUGGUGGAAAUGGUGGUAAACCAGGAAUUGCUGGAUAUUCCGGAAUCAUAAAAAUUUUCGAAAUAGACGUAAAAUCUCGCGUAAAUAUUUCCAAUCGUUCAGCUAACAGUGGAACGGCAGGGAAAGGUGGAAUAGGUGGCAAAAUAGCAGUCAAUGGGCGCAAUAUGGUCUGUGUUUAUGAUCCAUACAGAGAAGAAGAAAGAUCAUAUUCUGAAUAUACUUACACCAACCCAAGUACAAAUGGAACGGAUGGUUUGAGUGAUAAAGGCCAAAAACCACAAAUAACAAUUGAAUUUAAACAAUUGUGGCGAAUCAUAAACAAAUACAAGAGCUAUGUCCGGGAAAAACUACCAACAAAUAUUCGAGAACGGAAACUGAGCACAUUCUUAGAGAAAAUUGCAAAAAAUACGCAGAUAGUAGACGAAUACAAAAUACUUGGUUUAAUCGAUGAACUGGACGGUUUAGAGCAUCAAUUUUUCAAAUUAGAAAAUCACAUUUCGCUGGCACCAUUUUAUGAAUCGCUUUUGCAUCGAAUCUCCGAACAUGCAAUAAAUGGGCCGAUCAAAAAGGAAGAAAAGAAAAUAUUGAGCUAUUUAUAUACAGCAGCAUUAAGUAAAAUCUUCGGCAUGAAAAAUCGAAUUGGGAAUAAUACCGUUUACGAUUUGGACGAAUUUCUUGGUUCAGUCAAAGAAUCAAUCGAAAAAUUAAAAGAAAUCGAAUCAAAAGUGGCCAUUAUUGAGUAUAGAAAUCAGUAUGAAAGUUUAUUAAAUAAAAAAAUGGGAUCAGCACAUGAAUUGAUAGAAAAACAAAUCAAACCGACAAUCGAUGGUCUUUUCAAUGAAAUCGAUCAACAUAUAGAUCAAAUGGUACACGAAACAAUACAGAAGGAACAAUCAGCAGCCGAUGAUAUAAUCAAAUACGAAAAACAGAAAAGAGAUUUGGAAAAAGCAAUGGCAAUUCGGAGUACGUUGGCUCCAUUUAAAAUUUUUAGUCCAUUAUUAAGUGUAUUCGGUCCACACGGGGCGAUUGCCGGUGGACUAAUAACUUCUGCGGCGUCGACUAUUGAAAGUCUAGUGAUUGGUACAGGGGAUCCAUCGAUAGGCGUAAUAUCUCCAUUACCAGUAAUUCGAACAUCUCUCACCCAACUGAGUGCCCAACUUAACAAUAAAGCUGCAUUAUUCAAAGCACAAAUUGCCGAAAUCGACACUAGAAUCAAAGACUAUGACAAUGAGGGAAUGCAAUCAACCGCAAUGCCAUCGAAAAGCGAUUAUGUAAAAAUAAAAGAAAAAAUAAAAGAAAAAGUGAAAGAAUGUAAGGAAUUCAUAAAGGAUAUGGAAGACGGUUCUUAUAAUCGACGAUUCACAGCUACAAUCGAUCAGAAAAAAAAUGAAUUGAAAGACUUAUUAUUGGAAGAAAAAACAGUAAUGGAACAAAGGAAGGCCGGAUUAGAAGCUCGGCAGCCGGAAAUGCAACGAAAAAUUGACAAAUAUGUGCGUUUCCUUGGUCAUGCGCAAACAGUGGCAAGUGCUGGUGAAAUGGCGGUUGAAGUAUUUAACCGUUAUAAAAGUGAUGCAAACAAAUUGAAGGUCGUUAGCGAUUCGAUUUCAGUAGCAAAAGAAAAUUUACAAAAAUUGAAAGCAGUGCACAACGAAAUUUCCAACAAUACAAUGCUGCAGGUUGAGUUGAUGGAUAAAAAAGUCAAUGAAUUAUAUGACAAAUUAACCGGUAAACAGCGCACCGAAUUAGAUAUGCAAAAAUGGGAAAUACAAAAUUUUCUCCGCGAUUUGAAAUUACAAUUUGCAAAACUCAUGAAAUUUCAAUUUUCGAUCGAAUUGGAUUUGCAAUCGUGUUUUACAAAAAUUGACGAGGGAAUUAACACAUUGAUCGAUGUUUACGAUCACAUUGAAUCGUAUGUGGAAAGUAAGCAAUUGGCCCAGUAUAUUGCGAAUAUUGCAUCUCCGAAUGCAAUUGAAAUCCGUGUUGAAGAUCCCGUAUUUCUCGACGCAAUCACUCGCUUACAGCACGUUAUCAAAUCGAAUCUGGUGUUGGAAAAAUACAAUUUAGCCAUGCGUGCUGUAGCACAGCAUUACUUUCCAGUCGUUCAUCUAUUUGUACGAAACUAUGACUUGCCACUGAGUUUGAAAACGAACGACACCGCAUCUUUGAUCGAAAAUUCUAUUGAAAAAAUCACAUCGCUGCAGAGUACGAUCAAAGAAAAAAAGAUUCUGUCCAAUGAAUAUGAGAAUGUAACGUUUAGUGACAUUGGAUUUGAUGGAGAGCUUCUACCACCAUUUUAUAUAUGGAAACACCACACAAUUCGAAACGAAAUUCGAAAUUUAUUCAAAGGCGAAUCGAUCAUUAUUGCAGCUGAUAUAAUGAAGGGCGUUGAUUUAAAUGCGGUCAAAUUUAAUGAAAUCCAACUUCGAUUCAAAUUGCAAAAUGAAACUGCACAAAAUCGUUUUAAUGGACGAUUGAAUGGUUUUCUCAUUAACAUGACAAUGAUUGGAAAUAAUAACUAUCGCUGUAACAAACGUAUUUACUGCAUACCAUUAGAUCGAAACGUUGAAAUUGUUCAUCACUUUGUGAAUGGUCAAUGGGUUGGGCCGAACGAUGUGCAUCGUAAAAUUGCUGAUAAUGAGGCAUUUUUGAGUCCAUACACAACAUGGAUGAUCCAAUUAUCGGGCGGCGAUUUUCGGAAAUUAGACGAUUUUCACAAAGAAACCAUUGAUUUGGAAUUGAUUGGAAGGGGCAAAUAUUUAAUGCAUGGAACAUUCUCUAUGCACAAUUGCAACGAUCAAUUGGAUAAAUAUUAUAAUUUCGAGAAAAUUAUAUCACAAUAGCCACAAUAGAUAGAAUAUUUUUUCCACUUUGCCCAUUUUUAUUCCUUUUUUUAACCAUUUAAUCAAUUUUAUUGGAAGUUUUGUAUUUAACCUAUUGAAAACAUUGUAGAAUUGUUGUUAUUUAGAAUAUAUGAUGCAUAUGUAGGCAAAACUUUUUUUCAAUAAAUUUUUUAUAUUUCUUAUGUCAAAAA